GGUACUGGAGAUUUGGCGUGCGGGCGUGUAGCGUCACGGGCGGUGUGUCAUUCCACUCAGAUCGCAUGUUGAUCACGAAGCCGCUUGAUUCGGAGCUCCGCUGUCUGCGAGUCGUGGCAGAAUAUAUCGUUUUAAGGUCUUUUUUCAAAGGAUGCAAACGUAACCGUUCUUGUCUGGUGUAACGGAAAGUGUACUGGACAGCAUGUCCUUCUACGCCGUCAUUAUACCGGUCCUCUGUAUCAUUUUCUCGGCUUGGCAGGUGAGUGCAGAUGAGGACUGCUUGUGGUAUGUGGACAAAAAUGGCACCUGGCACAAUGGCUUUGAUUGCCCACUCAUAACCUUCUGCUGUGGGAACUGUCACCGCCGUUACUGCUGCCUGGAUGGCUUCAAGAUGAUCACCGAGGCGGGACAGAAGCGCUGCAUGCUGUUCCAUCUCAGCCCUUCCACUAUAGCUGGCAUUGCUUCAUCGAUCCUGCUCUUUGUGGCUGCUAUAGCAACCAUGGUCUGUUGCUUCAUGUGUUCCUGUUGUUAUCUGUACCAGCGCCGCCAGCAACGUGGCAGAACUCCUUAUGAAGCCCAGCAUAUUCCAAUGGCCAGCUAUCCUGUGGAGCACAUGUACGAUGCUUCUGGUAAACCCAUUGGACAUCCUGAUUAUCUUGGAUAUCCAAUGGUGCUGCAAUAUCCAGGUGUCCCCCACCAGUAUCCUAUGAUGCCCCAAGGUCCUCAUCCUCCUAAUCAUCCUGACGCAGGAUACAGUCAAGCAGCUCCUCCGCCAUAUUCCCCUCCCCAGUACCCAGGGCACUGAAAGAGCUGAAGUCCCUCAGUGAGGAGAAGAUAACCCAUACAAUGGGUGAUGAAGAGGGCCCAUGCUUGUGAGGAAUCCCUUGUAUGAGAAGCCGUUUUAAAAAUGUUAUUUAUUUCUUGAUUAAUUUGUGGAGUGAAGCAUGAACUGACCUCAGAAUCGCCUCACGCGUCAGAGUGUUUUCUUGUUUGAUGUACAGCUUUCAUGUGUCACUAAUCAGCGCGUCUCCUCCCACUUGAAUCCAGCAACUCACAGACUCAAAAGACUGCUUUAAAUGUGCCAUUAUGUUUUGUCCAACUCUCCGAAAUGGACUGUUAAACAUGACUCCUGCAGAAGAGACCGGCUGCCAGUUCUGAUUCAUCUAGGAUAUCGUUCUUUGUUCAACCAAAUGAGAAGAAGCUUGUGUCAUUUGCACUUUAUUCUGCAAUAGACAUGCUUAGCUGUCUCUCCCGGCUCGUUUGUUCAAAAUGUAUUUAUUUGACCACUAAUCUGAGCGUGUCACUUGCAUCAUUAAAAUCAAAUCACGCUAUAUGCUUUUCAUGUCUUAUAGACAACUAACAUACGGACAUGAGACGUAGAUGUCUUAUAGACAGUUAACAUGCAGUAUGUAAAUAAGAGAGAACUUACAUUAAGAAUUAAUUUCAUGUUUCAUAGCAUCCAACCAAACUUCAUUCUGUGCAUUUGCAGGUCGUCAACUGUUGUUAGAUCUGGCUUGAGCUGUAAUGUUAACACCCCUUAGAUUUGCAUGUCUUUAAUUGUAUCUCAUGCUAUGAAGGCCUGUUGUCAAGGGAAUAACUGUAAUGUUUGCAUUCAAUUAGCUGUCCGUCUGUGCAUUUUAAUUUGUUUCAAAAAGCUUUUUGAUCUAUAAAAUAUUUCAGUCAUUUAUGUUGUUUUGUUACACCUUCACAGUGAGAUAAGUUUAAACAAAGUCCCUUUACUUUUCCCUCCAAAUUCUGAAAAGGAAAUCUGAAUAGUGAUAUGAAAACUCAAAAAAAAAAAAUUUGCAAGAUAUAAAAAUCGAAUUGUGAGAUGAAAAGUUGCAAUGGUGCGGUCAUAUUUACCAUUGUUUAGUGAAUUUUUGCAGGCAAAAUUUUCAAUGUAAAUCCACGCAUUCAGGAAUUUCGCAUGGGGGCAUAAGAUUUCCUUGAAUCUUGGUUUGAAAGUGACUUCUGUGUGAGCUGUGCUUCAUACAUUGCUACACUACUGACAACAAACAACGGACCUUUUUUGCUCACAAAUUUUUGCCGAAAUUUCACUAAUGCGACCACACAUAAAGGUGGGACUUCCAUUGCCGCCAUAUGGAGUGUUACAAUUUUUCCCAUUCAUAUUAACACGAGUGGACCUUAAUUUCAAAGUUCAUCAUAAAUGACACUUUUCAAUGAUAAAUUAGAAUGUAAAUUAAAAGAACAUUCUCAUUAAAAUGAGUAUCCGCUUAAAAUACUUCAUCUGGUACAUUUGGUACAUUUACUUUUAAAUGAUUUCUGCUACCUCAUCUCAUAUUUGUAAGAUUAGUUGUGAUGCUUUGUUCAUUGUUUAAAUAACUUGUUAGUUAUUUAAAUUAAUGUAUCGUUAACAGUGUUGUUUUUGCUAUAUACAGCAUAUGCUACUGUAUUUGUCACUUUGGAAUGUGAAGUACAAAUAAGAAAAGGAUCUAUAAAGAGGAAUUUUUACAAUGUGGAAUAUUAACAGGUAUUUUCAACUUGG